AUGAGCAGGCUCAUGCUCUCGCGACUAUCCACCCUGUUAAGAAGCUUCACAACCAGCAAAAACUUCUCUCGCAAAAGGAAAGGAAGCUCCACUAGCUCUGAUGGCUCUCGGUUUGUUGUUGACUGCGAUCUAGGGAAAACAUUGUUUGUUUAUGAAUCAGUAUACAAGAUCAUAUAGCCCGGUAGGUGCUGUUCAUUUGUUCUAAUGGGUCAGAGCCUGUUUGAUUACCUGCAUCAAGAUAUUUCCACAGUCAAGGAGCAGAUAUCCUCAGCAAUAACAGCAGCACAAAAGGAACUCACCAAUUCAAAAAGUAAUCCACAAUAAGAACACAUAUCAGUCCAAGUUCUUCAUGACUGUUCUGGGAUGAGACGCUCAUUUUUCUGCAGGAUGAAGUGCAACCGAAACAUGGAAGAUGAAGAUUUUCUCUCCAGCUGCUGGAAAAAGAAUUCAGAUUGGAAAGGCUUCUGCACCAUUCACAGCACUGGUAACUUAAAUAGUUGGCCCCCCACUGAGGUGGAUCUGGAUGAAAAUAACGAACCGGACAAUGAUGGAUGUAUCUUGAGCUGUCUGGUGGCUAUUGGUCGGUUGCAUCCUCACACUGGUUCUCAGCCGCCGCAGAAUCCCCACAAGGUCAAGCCUGUGGAGUUUGUCAUUCAUGCCAUUGACGGGAAGUUUGCCUUUGUAGAUCAAAGGGCCACUGCCAUUUUGGCUUAUUUACCUCAAGAGCUGCUGGGAACUACAUUUUACGAAUACUUUCAUGAAGAAUAACCAGAAUGUCACAGGCAAGUGCUGCAAAGAGAGAAGAUCAAUACAAACUGCUACAAGUUAAAAAUAAAAGAUGGCUCAUUCAUCACACUAAGAAGCCGAUGA